AUGCACGAGAAACCCAAUCGGGAGGACGAAGAUCCUGUCGACAGAAUCUUGCAGGGCUUGUCCAUGGACGAGUAUGACGAGCCAACGGAAUUGGCCUUGUUAACCCUGUCGGUGGAGCUGGUCUAUGCGGUCCACUACUGGAGUGGCUCACGCGGUGGAGACCUUGCUAUUGUUGCCACACGGUGCUUGCAGUAUGCCAGCACGCAUGCUGCUCUCAUACAAGAGCAUAGCCCGUGGCUGGUCAAGACACGGCCUUACUUGCAAUGGGUCCUGGCCAAAGAACGAUUCGACCGCAUCUGGAAUACCGCUGGCUCUGUUAAGGAACAGGAACGGCCACGCUCGACGCACACCACAGGCACAACACUCUAUAAAUGGAGCUUGCCGCGGUAUAUCCCGAAAGAAACCGAGAAUCCAGGCUGGCCCUCACCGGAUGCAAAAUUCCCUCCAAAUCAGACACUCCAGGGAGUUCUGGAAGCGGCGCGCGAGCUCGGCGAUUACAAAACCGAAGCAGCCUGUCUGACGGAGCUCAUCUGUCGUGUGGAGGAUCCGCGAGAGCUGCUGGGUCAACUGGGCCACCUUCAGCAGGCCAUCCAAGGAGACCGCUUCGGAUAUCUUAAUACUUGUAUCUCAAGAUAUCUCCUGGCAAAAGAUGAAGCAUCCAUCCGAACAUUAAUCGCGGAUCUCGAGCAAACAGCCAGCCAGCUGUGUACGACCCCUGAGGACGAUGCUUGUCCGGCCAUCCGCUUCGACGAACUCAGGGUGAAAAGCGCUCUUUAUCGAUCUCUGCCGGGCCACAGCCCGGAAGCCGAUAGAUACAAGAACCUGGCGGACACCCUUUCCAUCGACCUCCCCGCCCCGUUCCGCCCCUUGGACACGCGGAGUGACUUCCUUGAUUAUGACGACGAUGAUGAUUGGACUCGGCCUGAAUUCACAGAGACUGAGCCUCGAGUCGUUAUAACUGAGCCAGGGCGGCGGCGGACCUCCUACAGGGCCCGAGAUACCGACGCGCUGCCCAACACGAAUACUCCCAAAGUGAACCUGGUCCGGUCUGGCGCGCAGGGUGCUCGUUUCAGGGAAAGAGAGCGAUCGGUCCACGAGGACCCGGACGAAGAGCGGUUCGAGAGGAUCCCCAAGGAAAAACAGGAAGUCAGGGGCCGCACGUCCAGAGAUGAUGAGGCUAAGCCGAAGACAAAGAGCUCGGAAGAGGUGGGCAAAGACGUGGUUGCUGACAGGUACCUUAACCCGAUCAUUCAGGAAGUAACCCAGGAGGACACGGAAAAAAGUCGACCCCAGAACAGCGGCAAGAAGAACCUAACAAGUGUGGAAGUCGAUGAGGACUCGAGUGAGGAUGAAGAUGUGGGUGCACGGGACUCGGAAUAG